CAACGAGGUGAGGCAAUACGUGAACGACCUCCCGCAGCGACUAACAUUUCCCUUGCAAAAUGGGGUGGUCCGUAUGCGUCUGGGAAAUCCGCUGCCCAUACCGGAUGUUGGUUAUGUUCGUGGUGGAUACAGAUGUGAUACAUGUUGUAUCUCCAAUAUUCAGGUAGCAUACCAAGCAAUGCUUUAUGACGACAUGGAUAAAGCAGGUGUUCGCAGUGCUGUACAUUUUCGGAAUUUAGCAAAUCGCGUCGGCUUUGAUAUGUGUGUGGCUUGUGCCGUAUAUUUUUAUCGUGACGCGGUCUUGAGAUUAUCGCAGUUUCUUGGGGAUCACUCUAGAACAUUUCGGGUGUGUCCUGAUGCGGAUGUUCAGUUGCACUCAUUUUCAACUGAGGGCAAUGUGGUCAAAUUCACCGUCUCCAUUUUACCUUGGGGAGCGCGGCCCAUUGUGUGGAUAGCUGAUAAGGAAGAAUAUAAUCCACCUGCUGCCUGGCGUUCGGCGGUGAAAAUUGAGAGCUGUAAUCAGUACGAUCCCUCUCGAAGGAAUGGCGGUAGUGAUGACGAUCAAUGCGCUAUUUGUCUACAGCUACUGGCCAAUGGAACGCCUGUUUUGGAGACACCUUGUAAACAUUGUUUCCAUGUAGAUUGCGUUCAAGAAAUGCGUAGUAUGAUGGACGAUGAAUGCCCAUUCUGUCGUCGAGAAAAUGUUUUCACUAGUUGCGUUAAUUUGACAGGUCAGUUGAACAUGUACAAGGUGCAGGUUGACCUUCCGAAUGAAGCUAAAGAAAUUGUUUUGGCCGUGGGCUCGUUAUUGACGUCCGACGGCGAAUACAAUAACCCCACUAACAUUGCGGCCUGUAGAUCUAUUCUUGUCAGGCAUUCCUGCAUCAUGGAUUUUGAGGCGGAAGGGGAAAGAAACUCUCCUGUUAGUUAG